AUUUAAAGAAAAGCUUGUGAACCAAAGAACUUUCCAACCCUUAAAUUCUCCUCAAAACCAAGUAAAAAUUCAGUAUCUUUCACCCAGAAAAUUACUACAAAGUUCAAUGACACGACCAUUUGAGUUAACAUUGCAGCAAUGGGCUCCUCCGACAAGCCAUAAUAGCCAUUGAUGCAUUGUCUAAAAUUGGGUCCAAGGUAAGCACCCACGCGUAUAGCAAUUUGCUUCAAACUUGCAUAGAUGUUGAUUCUAUUGAAGUGGGUCGUGAGCUCCAUGUUCGUAUGUGUUUAUACGAAGCUAACAAGCAUAUAUGCGAAAUGUGGAUUUUGAUGCACAUAAGGUGUUUGAUGAAUUGCUUGAGAGGAUUUGUUCACUUGGUCGGCAUUGAUAGGUGCAUAUUCGAUGUGGGAUGAGUUGUUGUAUGAAUAAUUCGUUCAUAACACAUUUGGAGAGGUGCACCAUCUAUUUACAGUUAAGGGAAUAAAUUUGAUUAGAACAUAUUGAAUUUGAAGUAUUUGAUUCAUGGGACUGAUUCUUUUUCUGUUUUCCUUUUCUUUUUUCUCUGUGUUUACUAAUAAUUCUUUUUCUUCAUUGAUAUAAUUCAUAUAGAUUCUUAAUUGUGGUUAGUCGAGCAUGUAGACAUACAUGCCUGUCUGGGUGCAUAGUUUACUGUUUCUUGCAGAUGUCUAAUGACAUUACACAUUCAGCUUGAAACGAUUCUUGGUCUGGUAUUUUGAUGAAGUGAUACGAAAUAAGGUGUCUUAAUCAUGUCAUGAAUGAUUUAGUUUUAAGAAGGUUUUAUUGUAUUUUUUAAGUUUUAGAGAUAAUAUAUUACAAUUCGUUAGUGGUCGUUGUGGUUUGAUGGCCAUGAAAGUUACAACAUUUCAGCUAAUCAUAGGUUAUUAUAAAGUUUAUUUUCAAAGCUAUAAAUAGUCAUUUAUGUUAUUGUUUUAGUAUAAAGAUUUUGGAUAAUAUAAUGAACGUUGUAUAUUAUGCUUCGUCAGCCAUGAGCUUGUUCCUUUAUCUUUCUUGUGUUUAGAUCUGCAUACUAGAUUCAUUCAAGUAGUCUUGAUCAAGCUAUCUUGUAGAGUGAUUCGAAUCACGAGUUUAGAAAUGAGUUUUCUUUACUUUUGAUCUUGAUCAUCAAGGUAAUAUGUUUCCUAUUCGAAUCCGUUUACUUUUGAUUUUGAUCUUGAUCAAGCUACCUCCUUAGCUUAGCUGAUGCUCACCCGAGACUGAUAUGUCUAGUCCAUCUUGAUUUAUAUUUGCCUUUGGUUAUCAGAAAUCUUCUUAAAGAUGGGUUUAAUAAUAGUUCGGUUAUGUUCCUUUACGAGUGAACAUACUAUUAUUGAUUGUCAAGCAUCUUCUUACUUGUCGGGUAUCAUUUUCUGCAGAGUCCAUGAUAGUUACGCACAUAUGAAGAAAGCUUGUGCAUCUAAACCGAAUUGGAGGUCCAAGAGGAUAUGGGCCAAUGUGGCAUCCUUCUCGGAGAGCGAGGAGGGGUUGAUAUGUAGGGACAAAUCAAGAUGGAGAUUUCUUGGGAAUUCAUGUCAGAGUUAUGACGAUUCUCAAAAGAUCAAGCCAGUCUCGGCUGGACCCUUUGGAGGACCAGGUGGGAACAAGUGGGAUGAUGGGGUUUUUUCGAGUAUCAGGCAGUUGGUAAUUUCUCAUGGAGCUGGUAUCGACUCCAUUAAGAUUCAAUAUGAUGUGAAGGGAACGCCAAUUUGGUCUGAUAGACAUGGAGGAAAUGGUGGCACUAAAACAGACACGGUGAAACUUGACUUCCCGGACGAGUACUUGACGAUGAUCCGAGGACACUACGGUAGCUUUGUGUCAUAUGACCAAAUUUUCGUUCAAUCCCUGACAUUUAUGAGCAACAAAAGGAAGUAUGGACCUUAUGGGGUCGAACUCGGAAGAGUUUUCUCAUUCCCAACGACCGAGGGCAAGCUUGUCGGGUUCCAUGGCAGGAGUGGAUUGUACUUGGAUGCCAUUGGAGUUUACCUGAAGCCUAUGCCAAUACAAACGCCAUCUAAAGCAAUUAUUCAAUCACAGAGUUAUGUUGCUUCUAAGACAGAAAGUGAAGGCUAUUCAAUUAUACAAGGAAGUGUUGGCCAAAAUUAUGAUAUUGUUCUUGCUGUAAAGCAGAAGGAUGAACUCAAAAAGCCCCUUCCAUCAAGCUCCUCAAGCUCAGAAUCAAGUGAUGAUGAAUCCAUAACCAAGAGGCCUGUUAAGAAAGGACCUUCUAAAGCUGAAAAUGUUGUGCCAUGUGGACCCUGGGGUGGCUCAGGAGGAACUGCAUUUGAUGAUGGAUGUUACACUGGCGUUAGACAAAUUAAUAUAUCGCGCAAUGUCGGGAUCGUAUACAUAAGAGCUCUGUAUGCUUGCGAUGAGGAAUCGAUAUGGGGAAGCCGGGCCGGUGGAAAUGUAGGAUUCAAACAUGACAAGGUUAUCUUCGACUAUCCAUACGAAAUCUUGACUCAUGUGACUGGACACUAUGGUCCUGUAAUGUACAUGGGACCUAACGUUAUCAAGUCACUUACAUUCCAUACUACAAAAGCUAAGUACGGACCAUUUGGGGAGGCACAAGGAACCCCUUUCAGUACCAACGUCAAGGAGGGGAAGAUUGUUGGAUUUCAUGGCAGGAAAGGUCUGUUCCUCGAUGCACUCGGUGUGCACAUAGUAGAAGGAAAGGUGACCCCGGCGUCUCGUCCUCCGUCCAGUGAUAUCGUUCCUGCUACACAACCACUUCUCGAAAACGAGAGCGCCCAUUGGACUAAGAAACUUGCUCCUUCAAACGGAAGACCACUUGAAGAGAUGGCUCGUGUAGUAAAAGAACCAGCUCCCUGUGGACCGGGACCGUGGGGCGGGGAUGGAGGGAAACCGUGGGACGACGGAGUGUUUUCUGGCAUUAAACAAAUAUACUUGACCAAAUCUCUUGAAGCUUUUUGUUCAAUCCAAAUUGAAUAUGAUCGAAACAAGCAAUCAGUUUGGUCAGUUAAGCAUGGAGGAAACGGUGGAACGACCGUGCAUCGGGUAAAACUAGAUUAUCCGCAUGAAGUGUUGACUUGUAUCUCGGGAUAUUACGGUUAUGUCGGUAAAGAUGAACGACAACAAGUUAUAAAGUCGCUUACUUUACACACAAGUAGGGGGAAGUUCGGACCGUUCGGGGAGGAGAUAGGAACCUUUUUCACGUCGACGAUAACCGAGGGGAAGGUGGUUGGCUUCCAUGGGAGGAGCAGCUUGUACUUGGACGCCAUUGGAGUUCACAUGCAGCACUGGCUAGGUAGCCAAAGAUCAUCCAAGUCGUCCAUGUUUAAACUGUUCUGAUAUGAAACUAAAGAACUAAUAAAGCUUGAAUGGAGCAAUAUGGUUCCAUUAAUAAUCUAUUCUGAAUGUUUGGCUUAGUCAAAGGAAGCCUCAGUUUGAUAUUAUUAGUAAAAUGUAAUAAAAAGUACUAUAAAACAGGACGGAAAUGAGUCGUUCCUAGCUCGAGUUUUGGAUAAGCUUCUUCCAAUCAUGUUUGGUAAUAGAACAAGACAGGACGUUUUUUUA